AUGCCCUCCAGUGCCAAUCCGCCAUUGGCUCUGAUGUUUGCCGUGACGUGGUUGACCAGACACGGCACAUCAUUGUACGUGGAGUUGCGUUUGAACAGCUCAUUGAGCGGCACGCCAAACAUCGGACCCUCGCUCUGUAUCAUAUGUUUUGAGUUUGGUGGCGAGGCUGUCGCCGGUGAUGCGCCACCGUUUGGAGACACUCCGUUGCCAGCCGGUGCUCCACCUAUAUUAUUCCAGAAACUAUAUAUCUUUUUGCUACUCUUCAUAUUACACCAACUCCCUGUCUUUGGUUUGUAUAUGUACAAGUGA